ACACGCGCGUGUGGUUUUGUUGUUUAUCAUCUACGGCACACAAAUCUUUCCCCAUUGCCGCAAAAGUACCUCACCAAACAAUAGUUUAACCGUACAAAAAUGGGUAGAAAACGACAUGCUGGCGCAUCGGAGGAAACGGAGGGAGAGUACGAUUUGCCAGCGAAACACAUGAACACCAGCCACAUCCGAGCGAACGAACGGCGGCUGAUCAUUGUGCUCGAAGGGGCUCAGCUUGAAACGGUCAAGGUGGGCCAAGUGUUUGAGCUGCUAAACUGUGACGAUCACAUCAACAUACUGAGGAGGAACAAGCGCGACCCGGGAAGCUGCCGGCCCGACAUAACGCACCAGUCGCUGUUGAUGCUGAUGGACUCGCCGCUGAACCGGGCCGGACUGUUGCAAGUGUUCGUGAAGACGGAAAAGAACGUUCUGAUCGAAAUAGAUCCGCAAACGAGAAUUCCGCGCACCUUCAAACGGUUUGCCGGUUUGAUGGUGCAACUGCUGCACAAAUUUUCCGUCAAGGCAGCCGAUUCGGAUAAGAAGCUGAUGAGAAUUAUAAAAAAUCCAAUCAGCAACCAUCUGCCCGUCGGGUGCAGAAAGAUAGCGAUGUCUUUCAGCGCCAGCGAGGUGAAGAACGCGAAGGAGCUGGUGCCUGCGGCCAACGAACCGUUGACGCUGGUCGUUGGCGCGUUUGCGCACGGCAAUCUGAACCUAGACUAUACAGAAGGAGCGACAUCCAUCAGCAACUAUCCACUGUCUGCAGCAUUAACGUGUACGAAGUUGUGUUCUGCUUUCGAGGAAGUAUGGGGAAUCAUCUAGAGCUAGCAAUAAACGGUGUCGUCCCGUUAAAGUAGUUGGUGUGUGAGUUUUGCCGAUCCGCUAAUAGCUCGGGGAGGAUUGCUGUAAAAGAAUUAUACAUUAAAAUGUCCAUAUAUUCAAGGCAUUUCUAACGGAUCCGAAAGGGAACCAGGAUUUCUGAUCGCUAUAGCAACAAACCGGAAGUAACAUUUGAACAGGUUUUUGUGGCAAAAGGUGUGACGUGUAAACACUGCUUCAUUAAAUGCAUUGCACCAAAAUAAUAAAAUUAAAUAUCUAUCUGCCAUUCUGGGCGAACAUCUAUAGCCGCCAAUUUCGAGUAAGUUCAAUUGCUUUGUUUCGUUGUGAAGUUGUUGAAAUUGUCUUCCCGAUUUUGUUUUAUCCAUUUUGUAAUCUGCAAUGGGAUUUCCAUGCAUCCGUUAAACUAUGGGCUUUGGCGUCAAGUUUGGCCAAAAGACGAACGUCAGUGACACACGUCAGUGUGCCAGUGUCAAAAACCAACACACCCAUUAUUUAGCAUUUCCGUCUUGCGAUCGUGACUAACUUUUUCUCGCAGAAAAGACUGGUGAAACUCUCGAUGUCUCUGUAACGGCACGUAGAAAAUCCGAAAACAAAACGGUGAAUAUCGUUCGAUACCUGGAUUUGUAUGAGCUGCGGGGAAUAAUGCUACGUACGUAGAGUCUGGUGGGAGUGUGCUGGUUGAUUUUGUUGGAAAGGAAGACACAGUUGCGAAGAAAAGAGAGAAAAAAGCGAAAAACCUUGAACCGUCUCGCAAGUGCUAAUGAAAAGAGCUCUAUCGUUCGCCCCUCUCCCCCCCAUAUCCCCCAAAUCCGUCCGAUUGCUCCUAUCGUGCACUGCCAGACCUUCGACUCCCAGUGAACUAAACUUGUGCAAUAGUGUUCGAAUCACAUUAUAGCGUUCAUUCACUGAAGUAGUAGCGUGGUACUGAUUGAAUAAAAAGAUCUGAAUCUUGAAAAAAAGAGAUUGUUGCAAGCAUAAA